AUCAGAUGGAUUUAUUCCCUUCACUCGCUUCACUUUCUCUGCUGGCCAUUAGUUCUCACUCCUUUUUCUUUCCCGUUUUCCUUUGUUUUCUAUAUAGCUUUGAGUAGAUCUCAAUUUCCACUCCGCUUCUCUCUCACUUAGAUAAAGUUUUGAUCAUGUUUUCGUCACUCGUCUCACUUAGUCUGUAGUUCUUCUCGCCUAAUCCUCUAUUCCCUUUUGCUAUUCUCGUUGAUAGAAAAAAGGCUGUUUGUAUUACUUGAAACUGUUGUUUUGGUUUUGCAUCAUUUCUUCUUAAUUCUCUCACAAUUGGGUUUUCUUUGAUACGACCGUAGGGAUCGAAAGGUUCUUUCUUCUCUAUUGGGUUACUUUGAAUCCAGGCAAAGAACAUCGAACGAAAACUCUCAGCUUCUCUUGAGGUUCCUUGUUCAAGUAGUUUUCUUUUUUAUUGGUCUUUUAGCCUAAGAGGAUCAAGAAAUAGAUUAUAGAUCGAGCCGUGAAUUCAAAGAAGAACAAAAUGUUUUCUUCGGAAAGUAAUCGCUCUGUUGACGAUGGCAGCGGAGGUCCCGAUAGCGCAGACUUGGAAAUCAGGCCAGGGGGAAUGCUGGUGCAAAAACGAACCGAUGAGACAAAUCCUAGUGCUGUUUCAAUCCCCACAAUCAAAGUUAGAGUCAAGCAUGGCUCUUCGUGCCACGAAAUUCAAAUCAACUCCCAAGCAAGCUUUGGGGAAUUGAAGAAAAUGUUGGCAGAGCGAACGAAGUUGCACCAUCUGGAUCAGAAGCUGAUAUACAAAAAGAAAGAGAGGGACUCCAAAGAGUAUCUUGAUGUGGCAAGAGUUAAACAAGGAUCAAAGAUCGUGCUGGUGGAGGACAUUUUAGGCAGAGAAAAAAGGUGCCUAGAGUUGCUCAGAAAUUCAAACGCAGAGAAAUCUUCGAAAUCCUUAGCCGAAAUCAACUUGGAAGUGGACAAGCUUGCAGGCCAGGUCACAGCGUUGGAAACAACAGCUUCUACAGGUGGGAAAGUUUCCGAGACGGAUGUGGAGAAUUUGACUGAGCUUCUGAUGAUGAAGUUGAUUAAACUGGAUGGAAUUGUUGCCGCCGGCCAUCUAAAAUUGCAGAGAAGAGUGCAGGUGACAAGAGUUCAGAAGUACAUAGAAAUUCUGGACAUGUUGAAGCAUCAGAGCUCCAAAUCAAGCGGCAAUGGGGCAAAAAUCAAAUUGCAGCAACAAGAAAAUCCAACUGGCCACAUGCCAAAGGACUCAAAACCGACGCAGAAACAGCGCGUGCAUUGGAAGCUAGAAAAUUCAGUACGAAAAAAUCCAGUGAUGCAGCAGCAACAACAGAAGAAUUCUGAGUCUGUUGCGGUUACAACAAAAUGGGAAACUUUUGAUUAAAACCAAAAGGGCUAAUUACAGUUAUACUUUUGGGGUUGGCUCUUUGUAAAUCUGUAAGCAACUUACGGUGGACGAGUUAAACAAGGGAAGAGGAAUAAAAGAAGUACAAAACUCAAAAUGGAAGUUGUAAUAUGGUUGCUUCCAUUGAAGUUGUUAUGAUUGUUUUUAUUUUUAUUUUUUUCAUACCAACGACAUUCUACUCUGCAAAGAGCGAGAUUCAUGUUUUGAGUAUGUAACGAUUGAGAAAUAGAACCAUGAGUUAAUCAUCUUAGGGUGAUCCUUUUGUUGACGGAUGCUCCUAUUACAUGUAAUUUUUGAAGGAUGAGAACCAUGUAGCAUCUAUAUCUAGUCUAUAGCCAAUGUGAUUACGCUCAUGUCUGCAAUGUUUGUUUUGUUGUUAAUUUGGCAUAAUGCCAAAAAUCCAAGUUCCAGU